GGGGGUUUGUCUGGACUUGGCGGAAAAACCUUUAGUGAACUAGCACAAUUGGAUAACAAGAGUAAUAGGAUGACAUCUCUUGUGGAUCCCAGGAUUAAACAAGCACUGCGGAAAAAGCCAUCAGAAAGAACUCAAGAGGAAUUAAAUACUAUCUACUAGCUAUCUUCAUGGAAUGGACAUACUGUCUCAUCUCAGGGAGCAUCAGUUAAGAAUUAUGACUUCCAGUGCACGUUACAAAAGGUACGAUGGAAAUCAAGUUUUGUUUUGCUCAGACACUAUUGCAAGAUGCUGGUAUAUUCUUCUUUCUGGAUCUGUGCUUAUGAAGGACUCCAUGUUUUUGCCACCUUGCAGUUUUGGCAAGCAAUCUGGAGGAAAACGAGGUUGCGAGUGUAUUGUAUUGGAGCCUUCUGAAAUGAUUGUGGUGGAUAACUCGAAAGAGAAUGAAGACAACAUCCUGCAAAGGGAAGUGCCCCUCCGACAAUCUCGACGGAGGUUAGGAAGAUAACCAGAGGGAGAACGUCAGACCAUCACAGAUAAUGUGGAUGUUAGCA